CUCCAACUUGACGCUACGACCAGCAAGACUUGGACCCUAAACCUUCCCGCUUCCCCAAAUUGCUUUCCUUCAAAAUCUGUGAUGCGAACCUCUCGAAUUUGAUAUGGAUAAAAGGCUUUCCUUAAGAUUUAGGUAUGGAUUUGGAGGGAGAACAUGAUCAAGGAUACAACGAUGAUGAAGAAGAUAUAACCCAAGAGGAUGCUUGGACAGUUAUCAGUUCUUAUUUCGAAGAAAAAGGACUUGUUCGCCAACAACUUGAUUCAUUUGAUGAGUUUAUUCAGAGUACUAUGCAAGAAAUUGUGGACGAAUCUGCAGAUAUCGAGAUCCGACGCGAAUCCCAGCACAAUCCGGGGCACCAGCCUGAUUGUGCAGAGAUGGUCUAUAAGAUCAGCUUUGGUCAGAUUUAUAUGAGUAAGCCAAAGAUGACAGAGUCCGAUGGUGAAACCACCACAUUGUUUCCAAAGGCAGCAAGACUGAGGAAUCUGACAUAUUCUGCACCUUUGUUUGUUGAUGUAUCAAAGAAGGCUAUAAUGAAAGGGCAUGAUGGUGAAGAAGUGACAGAAACUGAAAAUUUUGAUAAGCUCUUCAUUGGAAAGGUUCCUAUAAUGCUACGAUCAAGUUACUGUACACUGUAUCAGAAUUCAGAAAAGGACUUGACUGAGCUUGGUGAGUGUCCUUAUGAUCAAGGUGGAUAUUUCAUUAUCAAUGGGAGUGAAAAGGUUCUAAUUGCUCAAGAGAGGAUGAGCACCAAUCAUGUGUAUGUGUUCAAGAAGAGGCAACCGAAUACAUAUGCUUAUGUUGCAGAAGUUCGGUCAAUGACAGAAUCUCAGAAUAGGUCACCAAGUACCAUGUUUGUCCGGAUGCUUUCUCGGACUAGUGCCAAAGGGGGAUCCUCGGGUCAAUGUAUCCACGCUACCCUUCCUUAUAUCCGAACUAAGAUUCCUAUCAUUAUCGUGUUUCGAGCACUGGGAUUUGUAGCUGAUAAAGAUAUAUUAGAACACAUUUGUUAUGAUUUUGCUGACACUCAAAUGAUGGAGUUGUUAAGACCAUCACUAGAAGAAGCAUUUGUUAUACAAAAUCAACAAGUGGCACUAGAUUACAUUGGAAAAAGAGGUGCCCGUGCUGGUGUCACGAAAGAGGAUAGAAUAAAGUUUGCCCGUGAUAUUCUACAAAAAGAAAUGCUUCCUCAUGUGGGUGUUGGAGAGUAUUGUGAAACAAAGAAAGCAUACUACUUUGGUUAUAUUAUCCACCGUCUUUUGUUAUGUGCUCUUGGUCGGAGGGCUGAGGAUGAUAGGGAUCAUUAUGGAAACAAAAGGUUGGAUCUUGCUUGUCCACUGCUCGGGAGCCUAUUUAGAACGCACUUUCGGCAGUUAACAAGAGAUGUAAGAGUAUAUGUUCAGAAGUGUGUAAACAAGGGGAAAGAUAUUAAUCUGCGAUUUGCAAUUAAAGCAAACACAAUAACAAACGGGCUUAAAUAUUCCCUUGCUACUGGGAAUUGGGGGAAAGCAAAUGCAGCUGGAACUAAGGCUGGUGUUUCACAGGUGUUGAAUCGCUUGACAUAUGCAUCCACAUUGUCACAUUUACGAAGAGUAAAUUCACCUAUAGGACGCGAAGGAAAAUUGGCAAAACCAAGGCAGCUGCAUAACUCACAAUGGGGAAUGAUGUGUCCUGCAGAAACCCCUGAAGGGCAGGCAUGUGGACUGGUGAAGAAUCUUGCAUUGAUGGUUUACAUAACUGUGGGGUCAGCUGCAUACCCGAUUCUUGAAUUUUUGGAAGAAUGGGGUACAGAAAAUCUUGAGGAAAUUUCCCCUGCUGUUAUCCCACAAGCUACAAAAAUCUUUGUAAAUGGUGUGUGGGUGGGAAUCCAUCGCAAUCCCGACAUGUUGGUGAAAACAUUGAGGAGAUUGCGAAGACGAGAUGAUAUGAACACAGAAAUUGGAGUUGUCCGGGAUACUCGUUUAAAAGAAGUUCGGAUAUAUACUGAUUAUGGUCGUUGCAGUCGCCCGCUUUUCGUUGUAGAAAAACAAAGACUUUUAAUAAAAAAGAAAGAUAUCCAAAAGCUCCAACAAAGGGAAACCCCAGAAGAUGGUGGGUGGCAUGAUCUUGUAUCAAAUGGAUUCAUUGAGUAUAUUGAUACGGAAGAGGAAGAGACCACUAUGAUUUCCAUGACCAUUAAUGAUCUUAUAAGGGCAAGGGAAAAUCCAGACGAGUCUUAUUCGGACACUUACACGCAUUGUGAAAUCCAUCCGUCUUUAAUCUUGGGUGUUUGUGCCUCAAUUAUACCAUUUCCUGACCACAAUCAGUCUCCACGUAAUACGUAUCAAGCAGCCAUGGGUAAGCAAGCAAUGGGGAUUUAUGUCACUAACUUCCAGUUCCGUAUGGAUACAUUGGCCUACGUUCUUUACUAUCCUCAACAACCACUUGUAACUACUCGAGCAAUGGAGCACUUGCACUACCGAGAGCUUCCAGCUGGCAUCAAUGCAAUUGUGGCAAUUGCCUGUUAUUCUGGAUACAACCAAGAAGAUUCUGUUAUCAUGAACCAGUCCUCAAUAGACCGUGGCUUCUUCAGAUCACUCUUCUUCCGUUCUUACAGGAAUGAAGAGAAGAGGAUGGGGACACUUGUGAAGGAAAAUUUUUGUCGUCCCAAUAGAUCUAACACCAUGGGUAUGCGACCUGGUUCUUAUGAUAAAUUAGAUGAUGAUGGUCUCGCUCCUCCAAUGAGUAGUGCCUUUUUAGGGUUCAGGGUUUAG